AUGUCCAGCACGAUUGGCCAAAUCAUGGAAUCUCCUAAUUACACUAACCUGGAUCCUUCUAUCUUCUUUCUCCUGGGCAUCCCGGGUCUGGAACAAUUCCAUCUGUGGCUCUCACUCCCUGUCUGCUGCCUCGGCACAGCCACAAUUGUGGGCAAUGUCACCAUCCUUGUGGUCGUUGCCACUGAACCAACCCUGCACAAGCCUGUCUACCUUUUCCUGUGUAUGCUUUCAACCAUCGAUUUAGCUGCCUCCUUCUCCACUGUUCCCAAGCUACUGGCAAUCCUCUGGUGUGGAGCGGGGCACAUCUCUGCCUCUGCGUGCCUGGCCCAGAUGUUCUUCAUUCAUGCCUUCUGCAUGAUGGAGUCCACUGUGCUGUUGGCCAUGGCCUUUGACCGCUACGUGGCUAUCUGCCAUCCACUCCGCUACGCUUCUGUACUCACUGACACCAUCAUUGCUCGCAUUGGGGUGGUAGCUAUGGUGCGAGGCUCUCUGCUCAUGCUCCCAUGCCCCUUCCUCAUUGGGCGUUUGAGCUUCUGCCAAAGCCAUGUGAUCCCACACACGUACUGCGAGCACAUGGCCGUGGUGAAGCUGGCCUGUGGAGACACCAGGCCGAACCGUGUAUAUGGGCUGACAGCGGCGCUGCUGGUCAUCGGGGUGGACUUGUUCUGCAUUGGUCUCUCCUACGCCCUCAUUGCCCAAGCCGUCCUUCGCCUCUCAUCCCACGAAGCUCGAUCCAAGGCCUUGGGGACCUGUGGCGCCCACGUCUGCGUCAUCCUCAUCUCUUACACGCCAGCUCUCUUUUCUUUCUUCACACAUCGCUUUGGCCACCACGUGCCACACCAUAUUCAUAUUCUCUUGGCUAAUGUGUAUCUGCUCUUCCCACCUGCCCUUAACCCUGUAGUCUACGGAGUUAAGACCAAGGAGAUUCGUGAAAGGGUUAUCAGAGCAUUUCAAAGGGGACAGGGAACAGCGUCCAAGGCACCUAAAUAA